AUGACGCGCACCCAGAAACAGAUCACCCUUGCUAGAGCCACACGGCCGCUGGAGACCACGGUCGCACUAGUGGCUCACUACUCGAAAGGAAGCUAUUAUAUAUUCGAAAACAAUGAAAUAUGGUACAUUGGGCUUGGCAUUUAUGCAUCUCUGACAUUCGAUGCACAAGGCCAAACAGCUACCAUGACAGGUAGUGACGGCCAAUCGGAAUCUACGGCUAUCACCGGCUCAACCACGGACCUGACCAGAGAGUUUGUCUCCGAGUAUUCCAGUCAUGGGAAAAUAUUCGGUCAAGUGGGAUCCAACUAUUCAGCCCGAUGUUCAGGCCAAGCUUUCGAAUCGGGUCAAUGGCCAAUGUUAAACAUCAUCGUUCCUAGCGUGGGGGUUAUUAUUGAGCGGAAUAAGGUCACUAUCACGGGAGAUGAUGAUGAGGAUAUACUCCAAGUAAGCGAGAAGAUCGAAAGUGUACUGGAAGCCGAGCUGGCCGAAGAUAUUGCCCUGUCGUCUCCUGUCGAAGGCAAAAUAAACCUGAACGUGGACGCACAAACAUAUCAGACGCGCGUAGCUAAUGCGAUCGCGGAUAACUCCGAAGCUAAAUACACCAAGGCAAUUCCAUCCAGGAAAGUCCCCAUAGACUUUCGGGUCAAUAUGCUAGCAACCCUCCUUCACGGUCGACGGGCCAACAAUCCCGCGCGCACAUUCUCGUUCAACCACAACGGCAUCCAAGCUACCGGAUUCAGCCCCGAAGUCCUUCUCUCCAUCAACGGCGACAAGGCCUAUACAGAAGCGCUUGCUGGAACCCAACUGUCUCAUUUAGCCAAAGCCAGCCUCGAUCCUUUCAACAACAAGCUUCACGAUGAUAUCAAAGAGGUCGCCGAGCAUGUCAUUGCUAUCAAGGGCUCCAUCCGUCGGUUGAGUAAACUGUGCGAACUGGAAUCGAUUGCGAUCAAAGAUUUCAUGAAGGUCAUGCCAAGAGGAAGCGUACAGCAUCUUUAUUCCCAUGUGUGCGGAAACCUGAAGCCUGGAUGCGAUGGUCGGGAUGCUCUGCCGGGUCUCAUAGCCAAUAUUACUGUGCCUGGGCUACCAGGAGACGGCAACUCCGAUGCAAUGAAUUCCUUCGAGUCAGACCCGAGAGACCUUUAUUGCGGAGCAGAUGAGAGUCGCCAGUGGUUACAGGCUGGGGCUGGUGUGACCAUCAAUUCCAAACCGGAACGCGAAUAUGAUGAAACGUGUGAGAAGUUGGGCAGUGUGGCGCCGUUCGUAGUUCCGGCUUCUAAUCGGAUUUGA